GAGUGUCGAAGUGGGUGGACGCGUGAACGUGUGACCGAUAUCAAACAAAACGCGUGUUUUUCGACAAAACUUUAAUGGCUGUUUAAAUUAUCGUGUGGUGAAGUGAAACAUAUUCCUUAAAGGAUUUCACUUAAUGGUGUGGGGUGAAACAAGAUGGCAGCCCAUCAGCUGCGGCUGCUGCUAUGGAAAGACUAUCUCGUGAGGAAGAGGAACCCGAUAACGAUAGCUGGUCUAUUUUGGGCGCUGUGUGUCGUCUCCAGCAUUUGCAUAGUCCGGUACAACAUCGACAAUCAAGACUACCCUACGUGUCAAUUCGCAGCUCGUAGUCUACCAAGUGCUGGUGUCCUGUCGUUUCUGCAGUCGUUUAUAUGCAACGUCAACAAUGAAUGCUCUCCGAUGGAUCAGUAUCAGGAGAUACCGACUUAUGAGAAGUCCAAGUUAACCCAGCUCCAACGCCAACUAGCGCCUCUGAUCUCCAACGCGAGCGUAGUGGAGGUCGCGGGUUCGAUUCCGGAUGCACUCAAGUUGAUAUCCACGUUGGCUGAUGUGGCUGAUGAACCAGCUUUUCUGGAUAUUACUAAAAAUGGUAUCCACGUAAAGGACUUAUUUAGAAGUCCGAGCCGAAUAAAACGGUAUCUCUCCAGUCACUUGGACUUAUCUGAUAAUGUCAUUGAUAGCGUGCUGUCUGCUAAACUUGGUCUGGGUUCUAUCAUGAGCGGUGAUUUGAAUAGGUGUGACAUUAAUUCAAUGAAACAAUUAAUAAAAGUAGAGAAUGAAGAAUAUCUAGAAGAAUUUGUGAAAGCAUUAUGUUCUCUAUCUAAAAGUAAAUUACAGAAAACUGUCACAGAACUGCUGCCUGAAAUCAAUAUAGGGAAAUAUAUGACAAUGGCUGGCAACAUGUACCGCAAAUUAUCAGGCGACUCACGCUUGACGGAGUUAGGCGAAAUGGCCACAGCGGGGCUCAGGAUGCUCUCCAUCAGAAGCUUCCUACCGCCCGAACUUAGCGGCAUCUUCUUUGGGGAUGAUGGAGACUUUAGUUAUAUGCCCUUGUCUAUGUUGAAUAAAUUCAUAAAUCUGUUUCAACCAACAUUUGGUGAUACUCAAUCCUUCAAAUCAUUAAGAGAUGUUUUGGAUGCAUUCGUUCUUGGAGCCAAAUAUCUAAACAAGAUACUUAAUAAACAAGAUGAAUCUACUGUAAAUAAGAGCAGUCAUAAUGUACAAUUAGAUAGAAUGUCUAAUGUUUUAAGUAAUGCUUUAGAUGUCGCUCAAGAUGCAACAGACAAUGAUACAACUAUAGAUAUAUACAAUAUAUUAACCCGAAUAACAAACUUGAUGCUAAAAUUCCUCUCGAAACCGCAAAAACAUGACGUCCUAUUCUAUUCCACCCUGUUAUCAAAAUUAAUACAAGUAGCGGAUAGAAUGGUCAACAUCAACAUUAAUAUAGAACAGACGAUCCACGACGUAUCCCUGCGAAACCCCAAAGGGGUUAGAGUGCUUCUGGGGUUGCCGUUGAGUGUCAUAGCUAAGGGGUUAGAGGGGCUUGCUGAUCCUGAGAGAGCGCAAAUUAUAACAACAAAUCUAGACAAGCCAGGGCAAACAUUCUGCGACCUAAGCCGCAUCAGUCAAUUCUUCCUCGUCUCCAAAAAAGAGGCAUCGGAAUUAAAAAGUCGGCUUUGUACCGAUGUUUGGAAAGAUUAUGUUAAAGAUAUGAUUACUUCUUUUGGAACUUACGAAGCUAAGGACAAUAUCAACGCAAUGGCUUCCCUAUUUGUGAUGGAAGCACUUGGCACCGACAUAACAGACCAACUGUAUUCAAUUGAGAAAGACUUCCAAAUACUAAAGAACUUCACGCAAUUAAUUGUUGAUAUGGAUAAAGUUAAAAAACCUGAACUUAACUGGGAUGCGAUAUUUAACCCACGAGAAGACGCUAAAUUCUUAAAAGUGGUUAAAGAGAAGGAAGGUCUUGGGAAGCUUAUCUUAUUAGCAGUCCAUGGUUCCUUAGCAAAGGAAGUUGUUAAGCAGAAUCCGUUAUUGGAAUUCAAGAUAAGUCCCUUCUUAAAGGAUGCCACGACUAUGGUGGAAGCUGUGAAUCAACAGUUAGACCUAGCCUCUAAAGACCUAGCUGAAAGGGCUAAGAAGAUAUACCCAGAUGUACUGUGGAUGCUUGCACUAACCGCUUUAGAUGAAAAUAAGACCUACAGAUCUCUAUCAACAGCAAGUGAAGAUAUAUUUUGCAAUGGCUUCCAAAACGCGACAACAUACCUCAAUUUCCCGCCAAAUGUGAAGGGAGAAGAUUUAGUCCAUACACUGUGUGAUGUUUCCGCGGAAAUCGAUAAUGGAUUAAAAGCUAACUCUGUGCUAUCGAAAGCUAUAUCGGCAGUAAAGAACGCAAACCACACAGCAUUAGAAGAAGUGAACUGGACAAAGCUUAUCAUGAACUUAAAACAACUCUACAUUACAUUAGAACGGGACUAUCCAUAUGUUAUCGAGUUCCGGAACUAUGGAAUGGACGAACAGACGAAAAUUCAGAUUGGAGAUAUGUUCAAGGAGGCUAAAGAGUUCUGGUUCAGUUUCAGAAGUUUGAAGAGAGUUUUGAUAUUAAGCAUCAACGUCGGCCUGCGGAUGAUGGAUCUCCUAAACAGUGACGCGUUUGGUUUGACGCAGGACAUUUGGGUCAGGAUUAAAUACUAUCUUGCUAUAAUCACUGGACCAAUGGACGCUUUUAAUGAUUUCGUCACUUUUGUUCAUGGUGUAACAUCCAAUAAGCUGCAACUAACAGAUAUACCACCGAAAACGGCUGUCGUUUUGAACACGAUUUUGUCGAAUUUACCGAAAUUCAUUACAGAAUUUGUUGAUAUUAUAGUUAGAGAUAGUGUCGAGGUUCAACCAGUAAUAGAUAUCAUGAAUGGCAACCCACCCUGGCCCUGUGGACCGAGCCUGACUCAGCUGAUUCCUUUCACCGCGUCGUCUGAACAGGCCCUUAUCUCUCUGGAGAAGCUCUUGUGCUUCGACAGAACUUUCCAGAACGAAUGGAGGGGGUAUCUGGAUGAGAAGAAUGUCACGCUCUUUAAAAGUGCAAAGUGGAACACAACGCAAUUCGCUCCACACGUUUUCCUAAAGUUCUCGUCAGCUUUCGACAGAACUGUCAAUAAUUUUGACACGAUUAAAGAAAUCAUGCGAAAUGCUUUCGUGGAGGAAAACAAUGGACGCCUCAGUUUGAUGUCCGCCUGGAAGUAUACCGUGGACACUUUGAACACUUCGGAUCGAGAUGUCAUAUUAAGAAAAUGUUUCACCAAAAUUGACACAGUUCUGGACUCCAUAAACACAUCAAGCGUACAAGAAAACCUGCCUCUCUAUACUCUAUGGCUCAACUACCUCAACUGCUCCGACCAGGUGUACCUCGACCCCCAGUGCCGCGAGGUGGGCAGAGCCGCGGGCAAACACAUGUUCAAGCUCUUGUCUAUGGCCGUUGGAAACUUUUCGGAAGAUGUCGUCACUUAUUUAAGUGAAGUUAAUGAGGCAAAUGCAACACUAUUACAACAACUCGGCUUCACUCGCAAUACGGUUCUCUACAUGAUGUAUGACAAAAUGCCUGAUUUGAUUAGUGUUCUUAUCAAUUCGUACUGGGAUCUUGGCUUUAUGAACCAGGUGCGCCGCGCAACCCAAACCAAGUUCUGGGACUGCGAUGCUUUGCUGUCGGCGUUGAACCCAGGACCAGGAAGUCCAGUUACCAGAGAUUUCAUACAAAGGCUCCAGCCAUUCGCAUGUCCGUCCAUUUUGUACUGGCUCUCUAUGCCCAGGGGAGCGAAUAUCUUCUUGGAUGUUAUUUCUAAGCCGCAAUACUUAUUAUUCACACUCAAUGUUUCGCACUUCCAAAGCUCUUACGACAAGGCGUAUGUAACCGCAACUAAGUUGACCAAUCUGUUAACAGACAUAUCGAAGGAAAAAGAAACGAACAAAAUCGACUUCUCCUUAGAUACACUUAAGACUAAACUAAGAGAGCUUGUUGACACUAUGUUAUCAUACAAAAUUAAAGACACUGAGCCUUCAUACGUAGCGUUUAAUGAAAUGAUGAAAAAACAAUCAAUAUCAACAAUAUAUCUGACAAGAACUGUCGCUGUUACUAAUAGAAUAGCUGAGUUGAUAAACAGUUUCAAUGUGGCAGAAGUUAUCAGCAAUAUAUCAGAUGAAGACAAAAAAGCUAUUGAGAGUGACCUCAGUUCGAUAAAACUGAUAUUUAAAAGACGUACAGCGGAAGUUGUCGGAAUACAUUUCGAUGUGAUUACUGAUGUUUUAUGGACGAACAGAAAAGAUUACAAAAUCACCAACGCACUGGAAGUUAUGUGUGAUAAUUUAAAAAUGAAUGACACUAGUAAAGUAAUUUUGGGUGAUAGUGUCCGAAUCAGAGCUAUUAUUUGUUCUAAGCAAUACAAAAUUAUCUACAAUGCGGUGCAACAUGUUAUGGACGAUGAUGCUAAAAAUGCAAGAAACAGCUUGCUAAAUAUGAUGAAAGUUUUACAAAACGAUAGCACUGAAGAUGUAUCAAAUGUCUCUGGUUUUAUCAAUGAUAAUUCCCCAAUAGUGUCUGCGUUACAAAGGUCCAUAACCUACGCAUCAGAACUCUCCCUACCCAUCUACCUCAAGUUCCUCGACAGCAGCAUCCAGCACCAAAGCGUAGUGGUCGAUUUCCUUUCGGGGAGAGACUGGUGGGGGGGAUUGAGGAGGUUGUACACUGGACCGUAUUCAACCAACUUUUUUGAUUCCGUUGAACAAACUUUUGAUAUCGCUGAUAAUGUUUUGACCAAUUUGGAUAAGAUACAUAUAGUAAAACUCCUCCGCGACACCAACGUGAACGACACGGAGUCGUUUUGUCUUCCCAACGUCACGAUAUCGGACUACAUCCCGGAUAGCACUGGGAAACUGGCCAAACUACAAGCGCAGCUUUGUGACGGAAAGUCGAUCAAGGAAAUACCGCCUUUGGUGUUUGCUUCACAGGGCUACGACGAUUCAUUACAGUUAUCAGCAUCUAUAGACUAUCCAGAAAUAAACUCUGAUAUUUCACAACUAGAAGCAAAACUGUCUUCUAUAACAGAUGGGCCGCAAUCUCCUCAACUACCUCCUUGGGUAACCGAUGAGAAUCUGUCACAUUUCAGAAGUUUGAUGCUCGACUUACUGUCUAAAGAAAGUUUGACUAAGAUCGCGUUCGGGGUUAUGAGUAACAUUGCGGACGCAGGCACUUUGUAUUUAAAUACCACUUGCUCCAUGUGCUCCCAACCCACGAGCUGGCUGAAGCAACUCACCUUGCAGCUGUUCAAACGGCAGGAGUACGACUCGCUGCUGUGCCACCUCCACACACUCAGUCUGGAGGAGGUCUACUUGGCGCUCAGGAACGACUUCCACUGGGACAUGGCUAUAAGUGAGCUGAUAUCGACACGCAACUACACGAAAUACGAAUUAAACAAAGCGUUGAACGAGCUGCUGGAACAGAUCAAACUGAACCUUCUGGAAGACAUCACGGCCAACAGCAGCAAGCUGGCCGAGUGUCUCGCCAGGAACGCAACUAGGAAUCCGCUAGGAAACGCCACAUUAGUAUCAACAGUAUUGUCUCGCGUAAUAAAACUCCUCAGAGCAGACCUACCUCACCUCCAAGAAGUAGACGGAAUCACAGAAGUGCCUUACCUUCAAGAGCUUCACAAUGACGUAGCACAUAAUCUAGAUGUUGACAGACCUCUGACUGAAUAUCUGAAGAGUGACAAUACAUUGAUUAAAGACCUAGGUAAUUCUAUAGAUGACAGUGACCUGAUUGAAGAUCUUAAGGACGCUGAUAUUAAUUUACGUAAAGUCAGAGACUUGCGUUCACUGAACGAGCCGAUUAAGCUUAAGAAAUACAAUUGGACGCAAGUGUGCGUCUCAUACAAUUGCAGUGAAAUGAUCCAGAUUAUAGACAAUAAUUUGAAUGUGACUUUAGUGGAUGAAAUGUUGCCUGAAAUCCAAAGUGAAGCUUUCUGGAACUUCAAUUUCAUGGCCAAAAUACUGCAUCCACAAGAGAUCAUAUUAGAACACGUGGCCAGGGUUUUGGGUCUCCUUAGUAAAAUGGAUAUCAAAGGAGUGUUGGAGGGAAAACUGACAUCUUCAAUUGAUGUUGUAAUGCAAGUUUUAAUGGAUGAUACACUCAAUGGACUUGUUUAUAGUAUCGAUGGUAUUCUCACAGAAAGUCACCCACUUCUUCAAGAUACAGAUCUAGAUUUUGACGUGAAGUCUAUUACUAAGGGGCUACAGGUGUUGCAUCAAAUGAAAGACUAUGUUGUUAAAAAUGACGUCAGCAUAACUCUAUCCGACAUAUUCAAGAAUCCAGAUAGAAUAGAAACUUCCUUGAAGAGCAUCGGCGUGAACGAGUCGAGCUUUUGGUCAAUAGCUCCAAAAUUGUAUACGGGAAAAUUGCAUUUGAGACCCCUGCUCUCCCCAAAGCCCGAAUACCACAUAAAAGAUUUUAUUUGCAACGCUGAAGCUCUAUCUAAAGUACUGUCAUCAGAAGAUCUUGACGUAGCUCCUACGGAUGAGAUUUAUUCAGCAACUGUUGAGCAAUUCUGCGAUAUGGAGGACACUCUGGCGAAACAGAUUGUACCGGUUCUGGUUGAAAAUGUUAACUUUACAUAUGUUUUGGAACAGAUCAAAUCGUUCCUCCUGACGAAACUCUACUCAGCAUCAAACCUCACGCUGGAGGAGGGCAACAAUGUAUUCAACAAGUUUGCCGACAUGGCGGCGCUGUUGCCGACAGUGCAAGCGAGGGUCGGCAGCUUGACCGACACGCUCGCUAAGGAGCCUCUGUUCCAACGACUGAAGAGCGGGUUCUCCAUUGGUAGUCUACUGUCUUCUUCAGAGAUGCUAUCGGACGUGGGCAAUAUGAUGUGCGGCAAACCCUUCUACGCCGGCGUGAGCCGCUUCUACAAGAGCAUCGUCAGCUCUGUGACCCUCUCGUCCAAGCCUGAUGAGGAGCAGCUGAAGGUUCUGCCCACGGACUUCUGCCGCUCCGUAUACACGGAGGUGGUGAACAUGGAGGGCGGCAAGAUCGUGUGGAGCUUCGUGAAGCCGCUGCUGAUGGGCAAGAUCCUGUACACGCCACCCAACCCCGCUGUCAUCCGUAUUGUCCAACAGGCAAACACAACAUUCGCGCCAACAGCUCAACUAUUCAACCUGGUACACUCAUUCGCUCACGCCUUCUCGUCCGUCGACAAGAUGUCCGCUCACAAGGAUGGGCUGAAAGCCCUCCAGGAACUGCUCUCCGCUGAUGACUAUAAGGACAUCAGGGUCUCGCUGAUUGGGGAUGUGUCAGUACCCGGUAUGGAUGUGGAUGAACUGCUCGGUGGGAUUGGGGAUACUGAGAGUCUAGGUCGUCUAUUACAAAAAGCGUCUAACUUCCUGCAAUGCAUAAACCUGGAUCGCUUCAAGCCGAUGCCCAACGAACAUGAGCUGACACUGGAAGCUGCUAGACUAAAUAGAAUCAAUGAAUUUACAGCUGGCCUUGUCUUCUUGAAUAUGAGUGAUCAGCAGACAACCAUUCCAGCUAACAUUGACUAUAAGAUCCGGAUGGAUAUAGAGAAUUCACCAACUACAAAACGAACUAAAAACUACCUGUGGACCCCGGGGCCGGAAGGCAGUUUCCUGGAGAACAUGCGCUACUUCCGCGGCUUCGUGCAGGUGCAGGACAUCGUGGAGAAGGCGCUGGUGCGGCUCGCGGCCGCGCGCCCCGCUGGCGGAGACUGGGCACUCUACACCCAGCAGAACCCCUACCCUUGCUACACCAAGGAUCUAUUCCAAACCUCUCUGUACGAGUCGCAGGCGCUAUUGGUUGCGUUCUACUUCUCUUUGCUUUUCACCGUGUCUUCCGCCGUUCGGUUUAUUCUGUCUGACAAGGAGUCCGGACAUACUAUGUUGCUGCAAGUGAUGGGCGUGAACCUGAGCUACCACACGCUCUCCUGGUUCAUAGCGUCUCUAAUCGAGAUGACGCUCACCAUGGCGCUGGUCUCCGCGGUGCUGUACGGCGGCAGCAUCCUGCCCAGAACGCCACCUUCGCUGACCUUCACACUGCUGUUUAUAUUUGGCAUCUCUGUACUUAGCUUCUGUUACAUGAUGAGUAAGUUGUUUACAUCUGCGAGUAUGGGCGCAGUGGUGGCGGCUCUUGGCUACCUCACAACGUUUAUGCCGUUCGUACUUAUCCUGUCCUUGGAAGCUGUCAUGACGAGUAGCCUCAAGCUCUUUGUGAAUCUCUCAAUGUCCUCCGGCCUCUGCUACGCGUUCCUCCUCAUUACUCGUCUAGAAGCAGCAGGCAGUGGGGCUCGCUGGGCCCAAGUGUGGGACGCACCAGACGGCGCUGGAGACAUCAGCAUCGGGCUGGCUGCGGCUAUGAUGGUCGUGGAUGCGGUUAUUUAUUUCGCUGUGGGAUACGUGCUUGAGAUGGUGUGGGGUUUGAAGCCCGUACAAAACAACAUAUCCCACGUGGCGUCGACUGACGAGAAGGCUGGCGUCAGCAUCAUUAACGUGUCGAAGGUGUAUUCGCGGGGAAACAAACCCGCGCUCUCCGGCGUCAGUAUGGAGUUGAGACCUGGACAGAUCACUACGCUGCUGGGACACAACGGGGCCGGGAAAACUACGCUUAUCAACAUCCUGCUGGGCACCGUGCGCGCGAGCGGCGGCGCGGUGUGCGUGCGCGGCGGCGCGCGGCGCGCGGGCGCGUGCCCGCAGCGCGACGUGCUGCACGCCGCGCUCACCGCGCGCGAGCACCUGCGCCUCUACGCGGGCCUGCUGCGGGGCCAGGGGGGGGACGCGGGACAGGGGGAGGACGACAUCGACAGGGUGCUGGGCGCGCUGUCGCUGGGCGCGGGCGGCGAGCGCGCGGCGCGGCUGUCGGGCGGCACGCGGCGGCGCCUGUGCGUCGCGCUCGCCUUCCUCGGCGCGCCGCCGCUCGUCACCCUCGACGAGCCCACCUCCGGCGUCGACCCGCGCGCCAGGAGAGAAAUCUGGUCGAUGAUAUUGAAACUCCGAGAGAACAGGACUAUCCUGCUAACAACUCACCAUCUGGACGAAGCUGAGCUGCUGAGUGACCAGAUUGUCAUCAUGCACAAGGGUCAGGUCCACACAACUGGUACUCCAAUGGAUAUAAAGCGAAGUCUCGGCUCCGGAUACAAACUGUCCGUGAUGUUUGAGCAGCUUCCGCAAAAAGAGGAAGAAGACAUAGAAGAGAAGACCAAGAAAGUUCUAGAAAUCGCCAGAAGCGUCGCGAAGAACGCCAGCCUCGUGGACGUGUGUGGUUCUGAAGUGGAGGUCAAUGUGCCGUUCUAUGACGAACAUGGAGUUAAUAAUGAUUUUGUAGCACUGUGCAAUAAUCUGGAACAGAACCAGGAGUCAUUGGGUUUCCGGAACUACAGUAUGGAGUGCACCAGCCUCGAGCAAGUGUUUUUCAACAUCUGUGACCAGCAGGAUAAUAAUAUUGAAAGUGACACAGCCUCCAAGAGCACGUCCUCAGCGAGCGAGCGCACGGAGCGAGCGCGCGCGCCGCUCGUGGCGGCGGGCGGCGGGGGCCCCGGCGGGGGCUCCGGCGGCGCGGGGCCCAGCACACUGCAGCGCCUGCGGGCCCUCGCACACAAGCGCCUGCUGCACUAUACACGCAACAGGAUGCUGCUUUUCCUUCUAAUAAUACUACCGUCCCUAUUCGUGACGAUAGCGAUGGGUUUCGCUACCAUUCGCCCUCCAGCCAAUGACGAAAUCUCACUGAAGUUGAACAGACAUCUGUAUGAAGAAUCUACUGAUUAUUUGAUACCUCAACCAUCAAUAUAUUCACCGGAUGUAGACCCAGAGCUAGCCAAUAGAGUGUUAGACAUCUUAAGAUCCCAAGAAAAGUCGAGAAACUGGACCAGCCAGGAUUCCCUGACGUGCAAGUGUGUAAAUGCAACGCAACAAUGUGAUCUCCCGAAGGAAGUGGAUCGGCCGAAAUUGAUGGUGUUACCGGACGCGGACACACUCAACAAUUGGAUUGUUACCAGUCAGCAAGUCUACAUUGAGAAGCGUUACGGCGGCUACUCCGCUUCCCUCAGCAACAACGUGACGAACCUGGUGGCGUGGUACAACAACAAGGGCCACCACGCGCUGCCGGUCUACCUCAACGAGCUGAACAACGCGCUGCGGCGCGCGGCGGCCGGCGCGGGAGGCGCGGGGGGAGAGGGGGGAGCGGGCACCCUCACCCUCUACACACACCCCUUGAAGAUAUCGCAUGAGCAGAUCAAUAAGGAUAAUGUGUACCAGCACAUAGCUGACGCUGGAAUCUCGGCCAUGCUGGUGGUAGGCUACAGCCUGGUGAGCGCCGGCGCCGCGCUGUACCUGGUGGCGGAGCGCUGCGACAAGCAGAAGCGCCUGCAGCUGCUGUGCGGCGUGUCGCCCGCGCUCUACUGGGGCACCGCCCUCGCGUGCGACAUGCUGAUAAUAGUGAUAAACAUGGCGAUCACGGUGGUCAUCCUGAAGGUGUUCAACUUCCCGGUGUUCGUGGCGCGCAACAACUUGCCCGCCAUUUGUUUACUCAUCUUCUUGUACGGGUUCGGGUGCGCGGGCGUGGUGCACGUGCUGGAGAAGGCGUUCAGCUCGGCGAGUCUGGCCAACAUCGCGCUGUUCUGCGGCAACACGUUCGCGGCGCUCGCCGGCAUCGCCGUGCUGCUCGUGCUGGAUAUUAUAUCCGACUCGGACGCCACAGACCACGCCCGCUGGGUUCUGCACAAAGUGCUGAUGCUGAUCCCGCAGUUUGUGUUCGCGGAUGGGCUGCUCGAAAUUGCCAAGAACACCAUCCAGGCACAGGUGCUAGGCCAGUUCGGUAUGGACACAUACCGCGACCCGCUCACCGACACAGUGGUGCGCUACCACUACAUAUCGCUAGUGGCAGUGGGUUCGGUUCUCUUCCUCUUCAACCUCACUAUCGAGUACAACUACUUCGAUGAUAUGUUCAACUGGCUAUAUUCCCGCAAGGCGCUGAGCGCGGGGGCGAGCGGGCGCGCGGGGAGCGAGCGCGGCGCCGACGUGGCGCGCGAGGAGCGGCGCGUGGCCGCGGCCGCCGCGCCGCUGCGCCUGCGCACCAUUGGGAACAUCAAUGCUGGUUUCAUCGAUUCAGAGGAGCUAAAGAGCAGUUCGCUAAAGCGCGCGCAGUCAAGCGCGAGUGUGGCGGGAGACGCGAGUGCGGGGGGAGCGGGGGGAGGCGCGUGUGCGGGGGGCGGGGGGCGAGACGCGAUCGCGCUGCUGCACGCAAGCCGCGUGUUCGCGGGGGCGCGCGGGCCACGCCUCGCGGUGGACGAUCUCACGCUCGGUGUGCCCCUGGGACAGUGCACGGCGCUGCUGGGGCAGAACGGCGCGGGCAAGUCCACGACGUUCGCGCUGCUGACGGGCGAGCUGCGCGCGUCCGCCGGCGCCGCGCUGCUCGCCGAGCGGCCCGCCGCGCGCCGCCGCCUCGCACGCGGCGACAUCAGCUAUUGUCCGCAACAAGACGCGCUGGACCCGCUGCUGACGGUACAAGAGACGUUGCGCUUCUACUGCCAGCUCCGAGGCCUCACUCAGCAGGAUGAGGUGAUAAAUAGCACAAUGGAGCAGUUCGCGCUGCGCAAGUACGCGGCGGCGCGGUGCGGCGCGCUCAGCGGCGGCAACAAGCGCAAGGUUUGUGCCGCCGUCGCGUUCAUGGGCCGCAACCCGCUCGUCUUGCUCGACGAGCCCACUAGCGGCAUGGACCCGGGGUCGCGCGCGCGCGUGGGCGCGGCGUGCGCGCGCGCGGCGGGCGCGGGGCGCGCGGUGCUGCUGUCCACGCACGCGCUGCGCGACGCGCGCGCCGCCUCCCGCGUGGCGCUGCUGCGCGACGCGCGCCUGCACGCGCUCGCCUCGCUCGGGGACAGCCUCGCCAGGUUCGGCGGCGGGUACGCGGUGGGCGCGCGGGCGAGCGCGGAGGGCGCGGGCGCGGGGGGCGCGGCGGGCGCGCAGCAAGCCUGGGCGCGCGUGCGCGAGCGCAUCCCGCACGCCACGCUCACCGUCGCGCACCAAGCGGCUCUGCACUUUAUCGUGCCCAGUGUUGCCACCGUCGAAGGGAAGCAAGUGCGGACGUGCGUGGGCGACGCGUUCCGCUGGCUCACCACGCUGCAGCAGGAAGGCCUGCUCGAAGACUUCACCAUCAAUACCACCUCACUCGAACAGAUGUUCCUCCACUGCAGUGGGCAGUCCAGCUCGCUGGUGGACCCUGCCCCCCCUUCCUCCAACGGCUUCUACCCCCACGAUAGUGAAGAACUCAGCACUGUCACUUCACUAUGAUAAAUAUUUUUAAGAGGAAUUGGAUUGUUUCCGGAGUCAGGAAAACGGAAUCCAUUUGUCA